AAAUUACUCCGUCGAAAUUUAAUUACCAAAAGAAGAAGAAGAAGAAGAAGAAGAAGAAGAAGAAGAAGAAGAAGAAGAAGAAGAAGAAGAAGAAGAAGAAUGGGGAUCAGAUUCAUAUUAAUGGUGAACAAGCAAGGGCAGACGCGUCUAGCCCAAUACUACGAGUGGCUCACCCUUGAAGAACGCCGUGCCCUCGAGGGCGAAAUCGUCCGCAAAUGCCUUGCCCGCACCGACCAACAGUGUUCUUUCGUCGAGCAUCGCAAUUACAAAGUUGUUUACAGGCGCUACGCAUCAUUAUUUUUCCUGGUUGGUGUCGACAAUGAUGAAAAUGAGCUUGCUAUUUUGGAAUUUAUACAUCUCUUAGUUGAAACCAUGGACCGCCAUUUUGGCAAUGUGUGUGAGCUAGACAUCAUGUUCCAUUUAGAAAAGGCUCAUUUCAUGCUGGAGGAGAUGGUCAUGAAUGGUUGUGUUGUUGAGACAGGCAAGUCUAAUAUCCUGCCACCAAUUCAGCUGAUGGACAAAACAUCAUGAAAAGAUUGACUAGGCACUAUCAUUUUGCCCUGGGAUUUGAGAUGGGUUUUUUUUUUCAUUUUUAUUUAUGUUAUUGCCAUUAUAAGCUCAUAAAUGCAUAAUAAUUCUUCCCUUGCUAAAUGAAAAACUCAUUGUUGCUUGGUGUUUAUAUAUACAGUAAAGCCCUCUACAUACUCUAA